UUGCCGUGACGUUUAACGCACUUGUGCUAACCCCUAUGCGACUGUGGAGGUCGUGUUAAUUUUGGAUUUUUUAGGUCUAGAUCUAAAAUUAUUUUUUUUUACAUUUUGCAUAGGUGAAGACACCGCUUAUUGUUUUAUUAUGUCUCUCACAGUAUUUCGCAAAUUACCCUCAUUGCAGUCUGCUAUAAAAAUCAAUCAGACCAUCUUUGCACAGUCUUCAUUGGUUGUUACCAGACAAGCAAGUAGCAGUACUAAUCUGAAAGAUGUUUUGUCAAAAAUAAUUCCUGAAAAGCAAAAAGAGGUUACAGAAUUUCGAAAGGAAUAUGGCAACACAAAAGUUGGAGAGGUUACAGUAGAUAUGAUGUAUGGUGGUAUGAGAGGCAUACGUGGGUUGGUAACAGAAACAUCAGUUCUUGAUCCCGAUGAAGGCAUUCGAUUUCGUGGUUUUAGCAUUCCAGAGUGCCAAAAACUGCUCCCUAAAGCACCUGGCGGUGAACAGCCACUUCCCGAAGGCCUGUUUUGGUUGCUGGUAACUGGUGAAAUACCUUCACAGGAGCAAGUCAAUGAUGUCACCAAGGAAUGGAAUGAACGUGCUGAUAUUCCAAAUCAUGUGAUUACAAUGCUCAAUAAUUUUCCCAGUACUCUGCACCCAAUGUCUCAGUUAAGUGCAGCAGUAACUGUUAUGAACUCAGAGAGCAAGUUUGCUAAAGCUUAUGCUGAUGGUGUGCACAAAUCAAAAUACUGGGAGCUGUGUUUUGAAGAUUCCAUGGACCUUAUUGCCAAAUUGCCAACUGUAGCAGCUAUAAUUUAUCGCAAUCUUUAUCGUGAAGGCAAUCCACCAGAUCCAAUUGAUAAGAAGAAGGAUUGGAGUUGGAAUUAUACAAGCAUGCUGGGAUUCGACAAUCCAGAUUUUGUUGAACUCAUGAGACUUUAUCUCACCAUUCACACAGAUCAUGAAGGUGGCAAUGUAAGUGCUCACACAACACACUUAGUUGGCAGUGCACUAUCUGAUCCUUACCUUUCAUUUGCUGCUGGACUAAAUGGCCUAGCAGGUCCACUUCAUGGACUGGCUAAUCAGGCAUUUUUGGUAUGGACAACUAAACUUCAAGAGAGUCUUGGUGGUGAAGUCUCAGAUCAGCAAUUAAGAGAUUUUAUAUGGAAUACACUGAAAUCAGGACAAGUUGUGCCAGGUUAUGGUCAUGCUGUGCUUCGUAAAACAGAUCCUCGCUACUUGUGCCAGCGAGAGUUUGCUCUGAAACAUUUACCGAAUGACCCUCUCUUUAAACUGGUAUCUCAACUUUACAAAGUUGUUCCAGACAUCCUUAUUGAGCAAGGAAAAGCUAAAAAUCCAUGGCCCAAUGUAGAUGCACACAGUGGUGUUUUGUUGCAGUACUAUGGCCUGAAAGAGAUGAAUUACUACACAGUAAUGUUUGGAGUCUCAAGAGCACUGGGAGUAUUGGCUUCAUUAAUAUGGGACCGCGCAUUAGGACUUCCCAUAGAGCGACCAAAAUCAUUUGAUACACCACACCUCAAGAAAAUAGCCAUGGCUGCUGCCAGCAAAAAGUAGAUUAUUGUUGGAAGAUGAUCUGUUUGUAUUUUCCAUCUCAUUAAUUUAAAAACGUUUUUUAAAACUUGAUGUGUACAGAGUGAAAUGUAAGACUUGAUCCAUCUAUUCUUAGAGUGUAUAUACUUUGUGCUGGAGGCCAUUGACAUUGGUACAUUGUUUGACUAUUUUUUCUCUCUUGUUUUUUUUAAAUGAUUAAGUUGUAAACUGGUGUUUACUUAACAUAACUGUGUUAGACAUUGAAGAACAUAUUUCAUUGGAAAAACAGUGCAGUACAAUGCAAAUCUCAUGGUGGACAUGGUAUAGACUCUAGUUCACUCCCUCUCCAUCUUCCAACACCAUCUCUGUAAUUUGUUGGUGACUACAUAAACAAACAAAAAAUAAUCAUUGCCAAAUAAUUUUUUUCAAUUACUGUUAUUUUGUUUUAGCUAGAGCUAAUUACUUAUAUUUAGUGAUAAUUGUUUCAUUUACAAUUAUUGUUUUCAAUAAAUGAAUGUUGAACUAUUUGAUUGUCUUUGGUGAUAUUAGAUUCCUACAUUAUUAUUGAGUGGCUAGACAUAGUAAACACUUCACUACUUAACACCUGCAUAUUCUUGUUUCUAAAAGUGAAAAGAAAAUAUGCAAAAGACUGAUAGCAGCACUCAGCCAUACCAUUGUUACUUUAAUGACUAUUUUGUACUACCUGGGAGUUGAUGAAAUGUCUUUUUUGUAUUUUGAUUUUGUUUUUAUUUGGUCUUCACAUAAAAUACCCUUUUAGCUCAAUACCAUUAUUAUCUCCUUUGAACAUUCAAAGAUCUGAACCACUGAUUGACUUGUACUGAAUCUUACAUGUUUGAAGCUGUCACACAAAAUAUUUUUGUUAUUUGAAUUUGACGACGGUGAUGUAUUGAAAUAAAGAACCUUCUGUACACUGGACUGAAAGUGCAAGCUCUCAGUCAAUGGGCUUGUACUUACUAUUUGUCUUUUUACAUAGUUGUUUUGUCAAAUGUUGAUUUCUGAUGCAUGUAAUAGACUGUAGGCUGGAGAUAUUAAUUGUAUGUACAGAGUACUUCUCUUUUUUUGUUUAAGUUUGCAAAUUUCAUGUAUGUUGGUACUAAUGGUAUUCUAGAGGCAGUGUUGUGAUAAGUACAAGUUUUCUGGUUGGCUGAUCACAAACACUGGAGCAGUUGAUAUUAUUAUAAGCUGUUAUUCUUAGACCUGUAGACCCAGAGCAACAACAUACGUUAGACAUUGUAUCUGGUUGCUUAUACAAUAAAAUGAAGAAUUGUU